AUCGCAAACUCCGAGCCAGAGCUGUCGGCGCGCGCCCCAGACGCUGGCCGCCCGCGCAGCCCGACACGGAAUCGGGCAUAGCGGGAGCCCGUGGAGGGCGGGCGCGGGGCGGCGCGGGGGUGGCCGUCCAUACGCGAGUGCUUGGGGCUGCCCGGCGCCGGGAACCACGCGGGGGCGAGGUGAGGCUAGGCGGCCUCUGGCCGCUCCGGGACACGGACCGCCAGGAAUUGGACAGCACUCCCACCUGUGGAGGAGAAUUGGCAACACCUCUGAGGAGCCCUUGCAUCAGCCUGGACCCUUAACACCAUGGUUUCCCAUUUCAAGGGCUCUCUUGGUGUCCUGGGUUCCCUUCUGCUGCUUGGACUCCAGCUCGUUUGCCCGCAGCACUCCACUGACCACAGGAAGGUCCCUCAGCGGGUGGCGACAGCCGAGGGCGUCCCGGAGGACAGCGGCGGCGCCCCGGGUGUUUGGGGCGCCUGGGGUCCCUGGUCCGCUUGCUCACGCAGCUGCAGCGGUGGCGUGAUGGAGCAGACUCGGCCCUGCCUGCCCAGCUCAUACCGCACGCGAGGCGGCCCACGACCUGGUGCGCCAGCGCGCACCUACACAGGCCACGUCGUGUCCGCAGUGCGCACGUCUGUACCGCUGCACCGGAGCCGAGAGGAGUUGCGCGCCCCGGUUGCGCCCGAUGCUGGCCGCCAGGUAUCGGCGGUGCUGCCGGUGCUACGUGGCAGCCGGCACCCGCAGGCCAGGGGCCGCCAACCCACCACUGAAAGAAGGAGCAGGAACCGAGGUCCCAUUGGCCCUGGAAAGUAUGGCUAUGGUAAGGCCCCGUACAUCUUACCGCUGCAGACCGACACUGCACACACGACGCCACAGAGGCUUCGGAGACAGAGGCCCUCACCUCGGCAUUCCAGGUCCCAGGGGACAUCUGCUCCCAGGCAUGGCUACAGCUCACCAGCCCACCAACUCCCCCAUCAUGCACCUUUAUACCAAAGUGACAGUGGCCCUCGCUCUAGACUGCAGACCUCAGAAGACUCCGUAUACCAGUUGCCUUUGACCCAUGACCAAGGCUUCCCUGCAGCUUCAAGUCUCUUCCAGAGCCCAGAAACAAGCAACAAUCAUGGUAUGGGGGCCCAUGGAGCCUCUCAGAGCUUCUCCCAGCCUCCGAGAUCUACAGCAAUCUCGUGCAUCGGGGCCUAUCGGCAGUACAAGCUGUGUAAUACCGAUGUAUGUCCAGAAAGUAGUAGAAGUAUCCGGGAGGUACAGUGUGCAUCCUACAACAACAAGCCAUUCAUGGGCCGGUUUUAUGAAUGGGAACCAUUUGCGGAAGUAAAGGGCAAUCGCAAGUGUGAGCUGAACUGCCAGGCAAUGGGCUACCGCUUCUAUGUGCGGCAAGCGGAGAAGGUCAUUGAUGGAACCCCAUGUGACCAGAACGGAACGGCCAUCUGCGUGUCCGGACAGUGCAAGAGCAUUGGCUGUGACGACUACCUAGGCUCCGAUAAAGUCGUGGACAAAUGCGGGGUAUGCGGAGGCGACAACACGGGCUGUCAGGUGGUGUCUGGGGUGUUUAAGCAUGCCCUUACCAGCCUGGGAUACCACCGCGUUGUGGAGAUUCCCCAAGGAGCCACAAAAAUCAACAUCACCGAGAUGCACAAAAGCAACAACUACUUGGCCUUACGAAGUCGUUCUGGCCGCUCCAUCAUCAAUGGGAACUGGGCGAUUGACCGUCCUGGAAAAUAUGAGGGCGGAGGGACCAUGUUCACCUACAAGCGUCCCAAUGAGAUCUCGAGCACUGCUGGCGAGUCCUUUUUGGCCGAAGGUCCCACUAACGAAAUCUUGGAUGUCUAUAUGAUACACCAGCAACCCAACCCAGGAGUUCACUAUGAGUAUGUCAUCAUGGGAACCAAUGCCAUCAGCCCACAGGUGCCACCUCACAGGAGACCAGGAGAACCCCUCAAUGGCCAGCUGGAUGAAGAAGGUAGAAGCCAGGAAGAUGGAGAAGAGAAAGAGAAGAACGGGGAGAAGGAAGACUUGCCCGGGGAGGCAUCUGAAAUCUUCACCUCAGAAUCGGUGCAGACCUUCCCGGUCAGGCAUCCAGAUAGAUUUUCUUCCCAUCGACCAGACAACUUGGUACCACCAGUGCCACAGCCCCCACGAAGAAGCCGGGAUCACAACUGGAAGCAGCUGGGGACAACAGAAUGUUCAACAACCUGUGGGAAAGGAUCACAGUACCCUAUUUUCCGCUGUGUGCACAGAAACACUCACGAAGAGGUUCCAGAGAGCUUCUGUGACUCCAGCAUGAAGCCAACCCCAGAGGAGGAGCCCUGCAACCUCUUCCCUUGCCCAGCCUUCUGGGACAUCGGGGAGUGGUCUGAAUGCAGCAAAACUUGUGGCUUGGGCAUGCAGCACCGCCAGGUUCUGUGCCGCCAGGUGUACGCCAACCGCAGCCUGACGGUGCAGCCCUACCGCUGCCAGCACCUGGAGAAGCCUGAGACCACCAGCACCUGCCAACUCAAGAUCUGCAGCGAGUGGCAGAUCCGGACUGACUGGACCUCGUGCUCAGUGCCCUGUGGAGUGGGACAGAGGACCCGAGAUGUGAAGUGUGUGAGCAACAUUGGGGACGUGGUCGAUGAUGAGGAAUGCAACAUGAAGCUCCGGCCAAAUGACAUCGAGAACUGCGACAUGGGACCCUGUGCAAAGAGCUGGUUCCUCACUGAGUGGAGUGAAAGGUGCUCAGCCGAGUGUGGGGUUGGAGUGAGGACUCGCUCAGUGGUGUGCAUGACCAACCACGUCAGCAGCCUGCCCUUGGAGGGCUGCGGGAACAACCGGCCAGCAGAGGCCACCCCGUGUGACAAUGGACCCUGCACUGGCAAGGUGGAGUGGUUCGCUGGGAGCUGGAGUCAGUGUUCCAUCGGGUGUGGGAGUGGGACACAGCAGAGGGAGGUGAUUUGUGUGAGGAAGAACGCAGACACUUUUGAAGUGCUGGACCCCUACGAAUGCUCCUUCCUGGAGAGACCCCCCAGCCAACAAUCGUGCCACCUCCAGCCUUGUGGAGCUAAAUGGUUUAGCACAGAAUGGAGCAUGUGCUCCAAGAGCUGCCAGGGUGGCUUCCGGGUCCGGGAAGUGAGGUGUCUGUCAGAUGAUAUGACCCUAAGUAAUCUCUGUGACCCUCAGUUGAAACCAGAAGAGAGAGAAUCUUGUAACCCCCAGGACUGUGUCCCUGAAGUUGAUGAGAACUGCAAGGACAAGUACUACAACUGCAACGUGGUGGUCCAGGCCCGUCUCUGUGUCUACAACUACUACAAGACCGCCUGCUGUGCCUCUUGCACUCGUGUGGCCAAUAGGCAUGCAGGGUUCCUGGGGAGUAGAUAACACCCCGCAUUCCCGUCAGCAGGGCAUCAUCCCUGCCCUCCCAGGGGCUAUAAGCAAUGUGCCUGCCUGGCUCCCUGGCCCAGGACACUGACAGUCAACUUCAUCACCACCCUUGCCUUUGGUCAAGUGUACCCAGGAGCUUUGUGCCCCGGAUGUUAGUAAGCCACAGUGGGUCCUUUAAUCAUCAUUAUGUACUGAUGACCCCUUCCUUGAGACCUGGCAUCUGCUAACGGUGCUCUCUGAAAACCAAGCCAUGGGAAACUCCGUAGCUCUCAGCCCAACUCCUGCCCUGGUGCUUUGCACGUAAGCAGACAGGCCACUAACCAAGCACUGCCUCAUCCCUGGUGUGACUGGCCUUCCAAAAUUAGCAUCCUUGGACAGUCAGAGGCAGCGCUCCGUCCCAAAGACCCGCCAAGCCUUGCUGAGACCUGUGCACCCUCUGUCACCUCAGCCUGGCUAUGCCUGUUUUCAUUCUCAAAGACAUUAGACUGUUUUGCUGCCUUAUGACACAGAUAUCUCACAUUAAUGUAGUGCUUCAUUGUUUAGCAGGUGUAUUCACAGAUAUUAGUUUAUUAGUCGUCACAACAUCCCAGAAUGGGAAGCAGGGGAUAAAUAAUCGUCCCACUUUAUUGACAAGGAAAUAUCUGAGGCUCAGCUCAGGUCAUUGACCUGCCAUUCCGUGGCAGAACUGAGUGCCUGUUCCAAUCACCUGCACAUGACCCUUACCCAACCGCACCUCUACCACUAUAGAGGUCUUAGGUGUGAAGGAUGCAGCUUCAUUUCUAACCAAAAGCCUGAAGUUUCCACCAGCAACAAAGCUCAGGCCUUUGAAUUCUCUCCUCCACCUGGAGGUCGAGUCCUCAUUCCCACGAUUCAGAUUUCUGUUUCCAUUUUCCCCACAAAGUUACAGGCCCUAGUGACAGAGCUCUGCAGGUUUGGCUGAACUCCACCCUCAGCAGAACUGUCCCAUGAGACAAGAAAGCCAGAGGGAGAACCAGGUGAUUGUCUGGAAUUCUGGCUCCAUUUCAAGUUGACAAGUCCCUCUGGCCAUGGGCCUUCCAUGUGGCAAAGCAGAUUCCCAAGGCCCACAGCCCUGGGCUCUGGGCUCUAGGCUCUGGGCUCCUGCCUUCCUCAGCCAUCUCUCCCAUGUUCUUCACCACCUACUAGAAAGUCGAGCCGGUAGGUCCCCCAAAAAAACAUCUAAAUCACAUGACUCCCAUGACUCCCAAUCCUUACCUCCUCCCAGACUUGACCAGGAAGACCCUUGCCUGUGCUGUCAGCCUGGGAAAAGGAGCUGUGAAGCCCCUCCCAUAUUUCCUGACUCACUUUAUGUAGUUCCAGAGACCUCACGCCUGCAGCAAGGUGUAGCACAUAUUGAAAGAUGAACCAACUGAAAAACCACUUAAGAGCAAUAUUUUUCUUUUCUUUUAUUCAUUAAGAAAGGUAUCAAGCUAAAUAACUGUAAACUUAUAGAAAAUGUCUCUUAUUUUUGGCCCUGGGCAUGUUACCCUUGUAAAGCAAGUCUGUAUUUUUAGCAACUGAGUUUCUCCCAUGAGCUCUUUUACCUGGAACUCUGCCAACUGGAUGAUUAUUUGCAGCUUUGGGAAGUGAUAUCACCAGCCUGACCCAGCACAUGCCACUAGGAUUCCCACCAGCCUUGGGCCUUCUGAGGGUCCCUCCCAGCUCCUCUUCCUGGAGAGCACAGGCACCACUUCCCACAGCAUCUCCAUCUCCCCUGAUGCUCAUGUGACUCCUGCAGGUCCACAGCCCAGCAGAAGCCCAGCCUGCCCUGCUGACCAAACAAAAGGAGAUGUGAGAAGCCACAUAUAUAGACAGUUUCUGUCCAGUGCCUUCUGUUUCCCUCUUGCCACUUGCUUUUGCUUCUUGUCACAGGGAAGUUUUUACUAUAAUGCAGCUGCUUCCAGAUAUCACUAAACAAGCUGGUCAUUUGAAAGAUUGUCUGGAAGAGGUUUUCUUUACAUGCUGGAGACAAGACAGAAUGGAAGAGAGGAAGGCUGACUUUUAGCUCCAGUGAGGGAAAAUGUUCUAGCCAUCAAAGCUGCCCAACAGAGGCAUGGGCCACCACACCCCUGGGUCUCUCUGUCCCCAAAGGGACUUCUCUGUCAAGUAAAAGGAAGGGGCACAUGCUGGUCCUUCCAACUCAGGAAUCUCAUGACCAGGUGAGGUCAACAUGGCUUUGUCUCUUUGACAUGAAACAGUGUCCUGUGAUCCUGAAUGUCACCUAACAGUUCCUUCAAAGGACUAUGAUCCUCCCAUGAUAAUGGCCAGGUAGGAACAAAGGGACAUGUCUUCCAGGAAAAAGGGCACCUCAGCAAGAGGUCUUUUUAUUCUUACAACAAACAACUGAGUUGUUCUUGGAGUUUGUUAGUCUUUGGAAGGUUGUAGAUUAUAGAACAGAGGGUUUGUUGACAUUUUUGUCUUAGAAAGCCAAUUCUUGCUAAUUCCCUAGUUUUUUAUUCGGGUAUCCAAAUGCCCUUCUCCAUCACAAAACCCAUGCAGUCAGACCGUCGGGUGUUUCCAGACCACUUUCCUGGGAGGAAGUCUGAGAAAAGCCCGCCUUGGGAUGACUCUCUCCCUCCAGGUGGCUCUGUCUCCUUCCUCUGUCCCCAUUUUUUCACCCUCUCCUUUUAUUAUCUGCCAUCUCCUUCUCAGGUCUCUCCAUUUUUCCUACCUUGCCAUAAUGUGGUAUUGAAGUUUUUAUCUUAACAGGUUUUUUUUCUGUGCAUUGGAUUGCCCCAUUUCAUGAUCUGAGUUUUUUAAUUAGAUAAACUAAAGCUAUGAUAUGUUUUUGACGCAAGAAAAACAAAACUUCCAACAAAAGUAGUUUGCUUUGUUUCUUUCACUAUCAGAAAAGAAAAUGGUGCCUCUUGCUGCCCUAGGUAGAAGCCAACCCGACCUAUCCAUCCUCCACGUUCUCACCACCACCUAUAGUUUUUGCCACGGAAAAGGGACCUCAUAAUAACACUAACAAGACACCUUGUCAACCCGGCCACUAGAGGGCAUCAGUUCCCUUCAUUAAGCCAUAGCUGCCAGCUGGUGGGAAACCACAGUGAGGGAGACUCCUUCCGACUCUUGGGAGUCACAAGAGCCACUGUAUGGCAGGAAUGCUCAGAACUGCCCUAUCUGUCCUUUUGUCUCACUUCUCUGGCCCAGAGUUCAUUGGAUAUUGUUUUUUUCUUUAUGUCCUUGAAUAUGUAUCUCCCACUUAUUCUCAAAGUGUUUAGGUUCAGCACUUUUUAUUUUAGAAAGUGUGGCUUUAUAAAGGAGUGAAAGGGACACCAGCCUGGUUUAUUUUCAUGGAGCUGUAGGCAGAGAGAGAAAUCUAGAUAUUGCCUUUCCAGGCCACUAUUACUGAGCAUGGUGGCUCAUGCCUAUAAUCCCGUGACUCAGGAGGCUGAGACAGGAGAAUCUCAAACUCAAGCCAGCCUUCCUAAGCAACUGUCUUUUUUUUAUUAUUAUUAAUACACCUAUUUUAGAGUUGAAAUAUCAAUUUCUAAUGUGGAAGAAAACAUAAAUAUAAGACAAGCUGAAUGAUUGUAUCAGUUUGGAAGGCAGAGACCAGCAUUUGAUCCCUUGUCAUACAAGACAUUUUUUAAUAUGACUUAGGAAAAUAGAUGCCCUACCAAUAGAAACUGUGGAUAACAAUGAAAUUGUGGAGCUAAUGGCUUGGGUAACAGGUUCUGAAUCAAAUAAGAUCAGGGAAGCUAGAAUAAAUCCCAAAGCUUCACAAGUCAGUAGGAAGCAACAUAAAGGUUUACAUUUGGAAUUUUUUUUUAGCUACACAAGUAACAGGUGCAAGAGAUGUAAGAGUUUCAGGUAACUCAGCUCAGUGUAUUGAGAAAGCAGGAGGAAGCCACCAAAAAAAAUAAAGCUUAAAAUACCUUUAGACUAUGCAAGAAGAAAACAUGGACGAGAGUCAAACCCCUUUUUGUCUGUGAUCAUUGGAGCCAUGCUUUAGGAAGACUGUUGAUCACGUGUUUUCAGAUGAGAAUGUCGAGUCCAAGUGAAGAAUGCAGAUGAUCAGAAACAGCAGAAAGGACCUCCUGAGAACGUGCAGCCUGGAGCAGAGACUCAGGCACCAGGAAAGCCAUCUUAGGACAAGGAGGUACAAGUUGCAGGGAGCCAAAUGUUAACUCUUGCAGGAAAACCAACUGUCCACAAGUUGGAUCCUGUUGAAGGCAGAGGGACUCUAAGGCAGGUGGUGACUGACCCGUCAUGGAGGUGUGAGCAGAGGCCAAAUGGCCAUGUGUUGGGCUGCAGGAGAGGGAUUCAGACAUCUGGCUGGGCACCAUCAUGUUCAAGGUCAUUUUCAGGUCUGGGCUUUGGUGAUUCUGUAAGAAGCACAGUUUUCUCUAAUCCAUCUGUUCUGGGAUGGCAAGUGCACUGCCUACAUACUUCCCCUUCCUGACUUUUGCCACCCUGUCAGCCAGUUCAAGCUCGCCAGUACACCGCUCCCCUGAGCUGCCUGUGGCCUCAUAUCUCAGAGCAUCACUAACAACGUGGUCAGCGUUGCCUCAUCUGGUCCUGUGCCACAGAGGAGUGUGCAGGCAUGCUGUGACCCUAGCUGCCUCUCUGGGAUCACACAUGUUGAUGGAGGCUGAGCCUCCUCCUGGCUGGGCUCCUUUACCUAACAGAACUCUCUUACCUCCUCUGAUUUCUUGCACCUUUGCUGGUGCAAAGUAAUUCUGUCCACCCUGAACCAUCUGUCCCCCAUUCCUGGGCCUAUCCAACUCCCAUCAUGCCAUGGAAAAAUGACCACGAGAUGGUGGAAAUUUCCAGCCAACCUUCUCAGCAUCUUCCAGACAAUGAGUCCCUCACCUCAGUGAGAGGAAACCCAUUCUGUUACACAAACUAACUCCCACAUGCCUUGACCCCCAGCUCCCCGCCAUCCAGUUUGACAGAAGGAUAUAAUUUGUUAUAACUUAUUAUUUUGUUCUUUGUAAAUACAAAAUGUUUAUAGGAAAUAUGUAUUCUGAACUCUAUGUGCAGAAUGAGUCAUUACACCAAAAUAGUUCUAUUAUUUAGAGUAUGUUAAUUUUAAAGGGACCUAAUAGGUAUUUAUUUACAUAUGCCAUCCACAUUUUGUGUAAGAUCAUCUGAUCAUACUAACCCAGUUCCCUGGAAUGUUGCACACAAUAAUGCCUAAGAGAUUCUAAGUCCGUUUUUUACAAUUGUUUAGUAUACUGAUUAGCCAAACUCCUUGGGGUUUGAGGUCAAGUAUAAACUGCUCCGCUUUUUGACUUGUUCAAGGGACUUUCACCCCUGGUAUUGUACCUGAACCGGAUUGCCACCUUUCUGUCUUAAAUAUUAUAUUUCCUCAUAUAAUCUGCUCUCUCCUCAUCCCCCAACAUUUGGAGAAGGACAUGUGUCUUGUCCUUCUCGUUCUUUCUUUGUUGCCCUCUCUGUUGGGCUCACCAGCAUCUGUUGCUCAGGAGGACUGGUCAGAGCUGGUAAGGAGGAGGGUCGCCUGGCAGGAUGGGGUAGCCUCCUCAUUUCUGAUGACACCUCCACAGUCCCUGCUGGGGACUGCUGGAGCCAGUUCCUUGGGGACGUCCUGUGAACCACAUGACUCAGAGCAAUAAGUUCACUAAAUGCUCCCAUCAAUUCCAUGUUCCUUCAUAGUGUUAAAUUAUUAUGUAAGAAGGUGGUGAGUAGAAGGUGAAUUAUAUGAGUAAAUACAGUCUGUUUUUCUCUUCAGCAAAAAUGACAACUAUUUUUGUGUAUGACUAAUUUAUUUUUAUUGUAAAAAUACAAUAAACUGGUUAAAAGAUC